AUGAGUCAUCUAAAAGAAGUUCAGCUUUGGCCAUGCCGCAGACCCGUUCCUCGAUCGAUGACGUCGGCUGAUCCGAAGAGAGAGUGCGCCCUGAGGGGAGAAUCGGGGUCAGGCCGUGAGAUUUCUUCGCCGACGUCUACUUUUGACAGUUAUGCGGGUCGUUCUCCUUCUUCUGACAUUGAUUUUGCUGCUCCAUCGCAUUGAUGCUCAACUCUUCACUCCUUGUAACGGUUCGUUUCCUUGAAAUUCAAACUCGUGUUUUUUGUUUUGUUUCAAAACAGUUUAUUAAGACUCGUUUUGAGACAUUUUCAGGUAAAUCUUCGUUGGGCGGCGUCUGCGAUGUGAACAACGACUGUGAGAAUAAAGGUUCUAUAUGCCUGAGAGGCAAAUGCAGGUACGUUUUUCUUUUUCAUAGAAAGUUUCAUUUUAGUUACGCCUGGUAAUAAUUAAUUGUAAAGAAAAAUUGAGAAAAAAGAAUUUUUUAGUACCCUAGACUAUUUUUUUGAACAAUUCUUCAAUUUUUUUCGAAGUCCUUUUUAUUACUUUUUAAAUUUUUUUAGAAUAUAAGAAUUUGUAUUCUCAAUGUUAUUUGUUUAUUAUCUCAUUUUUUUCUCACUAUCCUCAAAGCUUCAAUUGGAAAUAAAUUCAUUUUUGCCUCGAUAAAUUAUCUCAUUCAGAUGCCAUCCACACUAUGUCGAAGCGAUAGACGAAAAAGGUCGACAGGCCAGUUGCAAACCAUGUUCGUUUUCUCUUUCUUUAAUGAACUUUGGAAAAGAAUUUUUUUAUCGAUUUUUCUAGUAUUCAAAAAAAUAGAGUGGAAGUUCAGACUUAUGAUCUUUUUUUGAAAAGGAGAAAAAGCCCUUUUUAAAUUUUUUUACUCCUUUCAAAAAAAUCCCAAAGAUUAUAACUGAAAAAUCUUGAAAUUUUGUAGCUGAAAGUUGCUUUUUCCCUUUUUGGACUUCUACCAAAUUUUAGCUUAUUUUUUUCGAUUUUGAGCAUCGAAAGAGCUUUGAAAACGAUCGACGGUUUCACAGUGUUUCACCCGUUUUAGUUCCUCGGAUUAUUUUUCAUUUCGUCGAUAAAUUCCGGGUGAAACAUUGGAGCACCCGCCUGAUCCUUUGUCUUGUAAAAUUAUGACGUUUUUGUCCAGCGGGUCUUUUGCCACAGCUUAAGAAACCUUUGUUUUAGUGCCAGCAAAGGUCGGAGCUACGUGUUCUUCAAAAUGUCGUGAGCCGCUUUUCUGUCGAAAUGGCGAAUGUCAAUGCGUUCAACGGGGAACCACGAGAAUCUCCAAUGGCGAAUGUGUCACUAGUCAGUUUUUUUGGAAAGAUUUUUAUCAAUGUCUUUUUCUUUGUAUUCCAAUCGUUUGUUAGAUAAUCUACCUAUAACAUCAUUCGAGUGCAAAAAAAGUAGUUUUUCUUUUUAUCUCUUUUUCUUUUUUUUGAUCUUUUUUCUUUUGAUUUAUUUCCAUUUAGAGGCGCUGGUUAAGGUGCUGAUGAAUAUAAUUCUGUUUUUCUAAUCACUUUUGAUGAAGCUCUGUUUCGAUUGAACUGGAAAACGAAUGAUUACAGCUUCUCGCGUCGGCGACCGAUGCUCACGCCACUACGACUGCACAUCCCCGUUUUCGGCGUGCCUCAAUUCCCAGUGUGUCUGCAUUUCCGGAACGAUCCAGCAGGUUGAAGAAAUAGCCAUUGAAAAAAAUCAUAACUUCACAAAAAAACGUUUCGAAAUUAGGCCUAUUUGAUUAAAAACUCUGAUUUAAGAAUGAGCAACUUUAUUUCUGGGCCGAUCCCGUAGGUUUAAAAAUUCCAUUGAGAAGAGCAGCAAUGUAGGAAAUGAAAUGAAGCAAAAAACGUUUCGAAGUUAGACUUAUUUUAAAAAAAUGCUGAUUUUAGAAAAAAACUAAUUACAUUUUGCAACUAUUGAGCAGAUUGUUCCUAUAUAUGAUAAAACCAACCUUUUUUUUUCACUAACCACUGAAGUUUAGGGUUCAAGAUGCGUCGCCGCGGCCAACUGUCCUCUUGGCGGACUUCCUGGUCAAAGUUGCGUCCGAAGAUCUGACCCUUCUCUGGUCAGUAAGUUCAAACGGAACAGUAGUUCGAUAGUAUAUGGAAGAUUUCAGAUACCUCAAAACUCUCUUAAAAACCGCUACGGUCUAAAUUGGGACUUUUCUUUCCUAGAAAAAAAAGAAUUCUAUAACGUGAGCAAUAAUAAGCAAGCGUGAGAUGUAAAUGAGGUAAAAUUUGAUGUAAAAGCUGUUAGUGACCUCGCAACUUUAAUAAAUAUCACUACGAACCCACCCAAAACGUUUCCUUUUUUUUUGAGAGAAUUUAUCUAACGUGAGCAAUGAAUAGCAAGUCUGAUGUUUCUGAACGACGAGGGCUAUUAUUUUACACAUGCCGACGAUUUUGGUGAAGAUUUAUUGAAUUUUCAUAAGACGGUGCUAGGAAUUUGAGUUCCUUUCAUUAAGCAGAGUUUUUUAAAGGUCAUUUAUUAAUAUUUAACUUUGAAAAAACAUUAAUUCAGUAUUUUCCAGUGUUAUAAAUUUGCUAAUAUCACCUUCUGUCAAAUUUAUUAGAAUUUUCGUAUUAAGGCUUACAAUCUGCCUUCUGAUCAAGACAAUUGCCCCAACGGGCAGCUUUGUGUGACAGCUGGUGACAGCCAAGUUGGUCAGUUGAUCAAAAAGUUAGGAGAUCUCAAGGAAAAUUGAAGGCCAUUGCUGUCCGGUAGUGUGUCCUCUGGCAAGCCACGUCGAUAUCAAAUAUUCUUGUGAUCCCAACGCGACGACUCUCGCCAGAUGUCCCUCGGAUACGCAUUUCUGUCACUUGUUAUCAGGUUAAAAAUAAUCUUCUUCUGAGAACUGAAGAUUUCUUCAGACGGAUUCUUCACUCAGGCCGUUUGCUGUAGGCGUCCCUGCAAUGCCAUGGCUCCCAAUGCGCUAUACGCCAACAAUGAAGUGAGUUUGUGUUUUCUAACAAGGAUUUACUUGUAAAUUUCUUGAAAAACCGCCAGAACACUCUUCGAUCUACCCAAAGUUGAUCCUAGAAGUUUCAACCUCCACAAUUUCCUAGUUUUCGAAAAACAAGAGCUCAAACCCCUCCCCCCUCCUCAAAACAGACUAUUUUGACGGUUUUUGAUGGUUUCUUUGGACUUUGAGGCUUCCUUUUUUCGAAAACUAGAACUUUACCGUUUGAACUUCAGACUAAAAAAACAGAAAUCCGCAAGCGGUUAUAAAGAUUGGGUCCUACAACGAAAUGGCGACCUCUAAGCUCCAAACUCCAAGUUUUUUAUAAAAAAAAUGCCCAAUUAUGAUCAGAAGUUUGAAUCUGUGCGUGAAAUUCGCCAUCCAAAGCACUCAAAUUUUUCGAUAUUUUCCAAAAAUAAUGUAUCGCCAGAUUUCCAGAAUCGUUUUUGUAAAGUCUUUUGCAAACUUCAAAGCUUGUCGAUUUGUUUUCAACAUUGAUAUUAUCUUUUCCAGUGUAUUCCUCGAGGACAACUCAACUCAGCGUGUACCACCAACGCACAAUGCGAUGGGAACGAAGGAAUGGAGUGCGUCAAGGUUCGUAAAGACCUUUUUCAUAACAUUUUAGAGCCUUUUUUUCAGAACCAAUGCCAGUGUCAGAAGAACUUCCAUCCGGCCGUAGAUACUCUGACGCAUCCGCUCAAAAAUCCGUCGCAGACUUGCUCUCGCGACUGCGAAAAUGAGAACCUGAGCAGGGACACGAGCUGCAUGAAGGUUUGCCUUCAGAUAACUUUCAUUUAAAUAACUUUCUCACAACUAAUGUGAUAUGUUUGAAUAGAAUCGUUGAAAGUUCAAAAUAGUUUCCCUGUUUGAUCGGAAAAAAAACCUUGUGGUUGGAAAUUUUUGAACUCAUCAAGUUCUUAUAUAAACAAUUCGCUCUUUUAGAAACUUGUUUAAGAGAAUUUUUUUUUAUUUUACCCUUUUGUCUCGCUAUUUUUAACGUUCAGUUUCCUCUGACUAAUCUAUGAAUUUUGAAUUUACCGUCAAUUUCCUUUUUAUACGACUUCGAAGUAUUAUUUUUCUUUCUUUCCGUUGUGUUAUUUCCAUUUUAAUCAAAGAUGGGCUGUAGUUUAUCGUCUUGCCUCUGUACGAUUUACAAGCUCUUUAAAUUGACAUCUGAAAUGUUUCGCUACAUCUAUUUUUGUAGCGUAUUCCUCCUUUUGGCUCAUUGCCGGAGGCUCUUUGUAACGCAAAAGCUUCGCUCUAAAUUAUCCAGAAAGCUUCAAAAAAAAAUCUCAUAACUGAUCUGAAAAAUUAAUAAUAAAAUUCAGGCGGUUCCUCUCGGCUCGCUUUGUUUCAUCCAAAAACAAUGUCCUCAAAAUUCGGGUUGCUACAGAGGCCGCUGCAUGUGCCGUUGUGGUUUCCAGAUGAAGGUUUCGGUUUUUUUUUCUUUUUUUAUUAAAAUGAAAUUUUCAGGGCGACAAAUGUGUGGCUCUCCCACCGCCAAGCACCACAACUCAAGCGCCUUCAAGUAAUUUCUUAAAAUCAAAAAAUAAUUAAAAAGGAAACUUUUCAGUUCCAAUAAUUCCCGGCGUCCAGGUGCCCCAAGGCAACGAUUUAUUCAAGCUUUUCGGCCAAUUCCUCGGCGGCGGGUCCAACGGCGGCGGAAUAUCGUUCGGAUGA